AUGUCUGACAGCACCCCUCGGCUGCGGCCACCAUUCCGUGCAGAACAUGUCGGAUCCCUCAAACGACCUGAUACGCUGCUGCAGAAACGCAAAGACUUCUCCACGGGUUUAUGCACCGCAGAAGAACUGCGCUGCGCCGAAGACGAGGCCAUCAGAAAGGUCAUCCAAAUGCAGAGGCAGAGAGGUAUGAAGACCAUCACCGACGGAGAAUUCAGGAGGCUGAUCUUUUGGGAAGGUCUCCACGAGAAAUUAGAGGGCAUGAGCAUCAUUCCUAAUGCUUUACACCUCGCAAUGGAUUAUGUUCCCAGUGUUGCAUAUUUCAAGCAACGUAACCUCCCCAUGACUGCGUAUGUUUGUGAAGGCAAAUUACUACGUAAAACGCCAUUCUAUGUCAACGAUUUCACAUCCCUAAAGGCUUUGACGCUUCCUGAGGAACACAACCGGCUGAAGGUCACAAUGUGCGCCCCAGAAUGGUUUCAUCUGCGGCAUGGAGAAUAUACAUAUUCCAAGGCAGUAUACCAGAAUGAUGAGGAAUAUUUCGCGGAUAUUGUGAAAGCAUACCGAGAAGAAAUUCGCGACCUUUAUGCUGCAGGCUGCCGAUUACAUCUGUGCAGGGGAAACGUGAUUAACGGUCAUCCAUUCAGCGAGGGUAGCUUCGAUCCCAUUGCUGUAAAGCUGUUCCGCGAGAUCGAUGCAGAUGUCUAUUACCUGGAAUAUGAUUCUGACCGUGCUGGUACACUGGAGCCGCUACGGUGGUUGCCGCGGGGCAAAUUCGUUGUCCUCGGCUUGAUAUCUAGUAAAACUGCCGAGCUGGAGAGCAAGGACGCGCUGAUUGAACGCGUACUCGAAGCAGCGAGAAUAAUUUCUGAUGGUGUGGAGAAACGACCGCUGGUUGAGGCGUUGAAUCAAAUUUGUAUCAGUCCACAAUGCGGAUUUGCGUCUCAUUCAGACGGAAACUCGCUUACAGAGGAUGAUGUUGUCCGGAAGCUAACGCUACUGGUAGAAACGUCGAAAGCCCUCUGGUCUGACGCUUGA